AUGCAAUUUGGCGGGGUUGUUUUUCUUGGUGUCCCUAUUGUAGAUAAGACAAAGUCAUAUUAUAAACGUAUGGAGCCUGGCCCGACAGAGGCCACUGUUUUGAGCGAACAGAAAUGGCAUCGGUCCGCUUCAGUAUGGUCUGCUGGGUCGGGUGCUGAUUCUACUACCCUUACUGUUCAUCGUCGCGAGGCUGCUCUCGGACGCAUGGGUUUGCCAGAUGAUCGAUUCAUCCCUCUGGUACAGGCUGCUGGAUUUGGAGGUCUAUUUCGAGUGCCAUUCAUCCAGUUGGAUUGGCAUCUCAUUACUGCACUAGUGGAAAGAUGGCGGCCAGAGACUCAUACAUUUCAUAUGAGACCUGGAGAAAUGACCAUUACACUCCAAGAUGUUAGCAUUCAAUUGGGUCUACCCGUUGAUGGUAAACCGGUUACUGGUUCUAUCAAUUAUGACUGGGACGCGUUGUGUCUUAAUUUGCUUGGUGCGACCUCCCCAGCCGAGAAACGGGAUGGGGGUAAGGUGAAAUAUGAAAUGGCUCGAUGA